ACUUUCUCCUGAUAUAAGAAGAUGGCUGAUCUUCAACAAUCACAACCAUCUCAGCUCAAGGACAUCUCUGUAGGAAUUCCUCCAUAGUAUCCUCAGCCCAACCACCUCCAGUUGCUUCAUCAAUGACCUUCCCUCCGUGAUAAGCUCAGAGUGUUUGUUGAUGAUUGAGUGUUCAGCAGUAUUUGCGACUCCUCAGAUACUGAAGCAGUCCAUGUUCAAAUACACCAAGAUCUGGAAAUAUUCUGACUUGGGCUGACAAGUAGCAAAUAAAAUUCAUGCUCCAUGUAUAGCAGCUAUGACCAUCACCAAUAAGAGACAAUAUAACCAGUGCUUCUUGAUAUUCAAUGGUGUUACUAUCAUGGAAUCCCCCACUAUCAACCGGUUGUCAAACGAUACAACGGGUUAUAGAUCAGCUGCAGAUAUGAGUGGAGGAAUGGCAGAUGGAGUGUAAUCUGGGUUUGACUUGCAUGAAUGCAGUCAGGUUACUGAGGCCAGGUCGUUCAGAUGGCUGGAAAAUCCCAUUCAAUCCUAAAGGAGGUGGAUGUGGUGCAGCAAUGAGGGCUAUGUGUAUUGGACUGCGAUUUCCUCAUCCCAAUGAGUUACAGAUGCUGAUUGAAGUAGCUGUCGAGAGUGGCCGAAUGACUCACCAUCAUCCAACUGGCUAUCUGGGCUCAGUAGUUGCAGCUUUGUUCACAGCUUAUGCAGUGAAUGAUAAACCCAUAGAAAGUUGGGGAGCAGGCCUGAUGGAAGUGUUGGAGAAAACAAAGAGUUACGUAGAAAAUGCUGGGCACUAUGUUUCUGAAAAUCUGGCUGAAUGGUCCUACUUUGAAAACCAGUGGAAGAAGUACCUUCAGGAUAGAGGCAUUCUGGAUGGGGUAUCCAAGCCAAUUUUCCCAGUUCCGUACGAUGUGAUGGAACGUGACAAAUUCUAUACCUCUAUUAGCUAUUCGGGCUGGGGUGGGGCAAGCGGGCAUGAUGCUCCCAUGAUUGCUUAUGAUGCCAUCUUGGGCUCAGGCAAUUCCUGGAGAGAGCUUUGUAAUCGAGCGGUUUUCCAUGGGGGUGAUAGUGAUUCUACUGGCACUAUAGCUGCGGCUUGGUGGGGAGCGAUGUAUGGAUUUGAUGGAGUUCCUAACUCCAACCAUAAGCAUUUAGAAUAUAGGAGCAGGUUGAAGUUGCUAGCAGAAAAAUUGUUUGAUUUUAGCCAUCCAGGUUCUUGCUCAUUGCAAAAGGAUAAGAUGAAAUGCUGUUUGGAAUAGCUCCACUACUUUGAAUUAUAAGCUCUGUUUUUUCUGAUUUCUGUUGUUGCAAUGCAGCCCUCUGUAUCUGAACUGUGACUUCUUUAAAGAUCACUGUUAUUAUGGAUUUUUCUUUGGUUCCAUUUUACCCUGGCUAUUAUCCCCUCUCAUCUGAUAGAGAAUAGUACUUCUCAAAUUUAAAAGUUAUACUUUAGAUGCCCUUCUCUAUUACUAACUGAAACCAACUGGGCUAAACUUUAUUUGGGUUGUCCUGUUCAUCAAACUAACCUUGGAAGAAAAGUGUGUUCCAAACGAAUUGAUAUUUAAAAAGCCUACUCUACAGCAGUGACAUAUUGAGGGGGGGGAGGGAAAUUAAACUGUUGAGCAUUGGACCCUUUGUGAACAGUAAAUCCUGACUGCAAGGACUGUUGGCCAAUCUUGGUUAAUUCAACAAUUCUAGUAGUCUCAACAGACCACUGCUGAGGCUGCAAACAUCUCAGUGAAAACAACAGUAGUGAUUGGGGUGAGGUAUGUCUCGCAUUUUUCAGGUGGGAAGGCAUCAAAAGUGUGUGUGUUAGUAUGGGUGGUGGGAGUGGUGCAUAAAGGACAAUGACAUUUUGGGGUAGAGGUGCCCUUUUUGAAAUAAAAAGUUUUAAAGUUCUC